CCUGGGUGGAAGCUGAUUGUCAUGUGACUAGGCUUGAGAGCUGUAGCUGUGCUUGGUUGGUGUGAAGCAGCAGUCGUGGUGAACUAUGGAUUUCUUGUUGGGAAACCCUUUUGCCACACCGGUGGGGCAGCGCAUUGAAAAAGCCACAGAUGGGUCACUGCGUUCUGAAGACUGGGCCUUAAAUAUGGAGAUAUGUGAUAUUAUUAAUGAAACUGAAGAAGGACCAAAAGAUGCCAUAAGAGCACUCAGGAAGAGAAUUGUGGGGAACAAGAACUUUCAGCAGGUGAUGCUGGCCCUAACGGCACUUGAGACAUGUGUGAAAAACUGUGGUCAUCGUUUUCACAUGUUGGUCGCCAGCCAGGAAUUUGUUGAGGGUGUGCUAGUGAAAACUAUCCUUCCCAAGAACAACCCACCAGCCAUCGUCCAUGACAAAGUGCUCAAUCUCAUCCAGGCCUGGGCAGAUGCCUUCCGCAGUUCUCCAGACUUAACAGGGGUUGUCGCUGUGUACGAGGACCUUAGAAGAAAGGGACUAGAGUUUCCAAUGACUGAUUUAGAUACUCUCUCUCCUAUUCACACGCCUCAGCCGAGUAUAUAUAAGCCUGAACCUGUUCUGCAACCGAAUUGUCCACCAUUGGAUCCAGUGCAAAUAGGAGGUUCAGUAAAUCCUCCUGCUUCCACCCCUUUCCUCAGUCCAGCAGAAGGUACUACAAAUGGUGCUGUCACCCCCACACCUGAUCAGGUUGCAAAGCUUCGCAGUGAGCUGGAGGUAGUAAACGGGAAUGUCAAAGUAAUGUCUGAGAUGUUGACUGAAGUGGUUCCACAGAAAGCGAAGCAGUCCGAUUUGGAAUUGCUGCAAGAAUUAAACCGUACAUGCCGAUCCAUGCAGGAAAGAAUCCUGGAGCUUAUACCUCGAGUGACCAAUGAACAGCUGACGGAAGAACUUCUUAUUGUAAAUGACAAUCUCAAUAAUGUUUUCCUGCGCCAUGAGAGGUUUGAGAGGAUGUUUUCUGGGCAGGCUGGAAGAGCUCCAGAAGUACAGGUGCCCAGUAACAGAGAUGCCCCACCUUCUCUUAUUGACCUUAAUAAAUCUCCACCUGCUUCCCAGGCUCCUGAUGUCGCACUCUCUUCACAGCUAGCUGUCCUCAAUGUGAGCUCUGGGUCUGUAAGUGGAACUCUUCAGUCUCUUGAACACACAAAGAAACCUGGGGAUGACUUUGACAUGUUUGCACUUACCAGAGGGAGCAAUCUAGCUGAUCAACGCAGGAGUGUGAAGUAUGAGGAUCCACAUGCUGCAGAUGGUCUUGCCGGAGCCCUGGAUACUCGGCAGCAAAACACUGGAGCGAUUCCAGUGACUCAAAACAACUUUAUGGAAGACAUUGAGAAAUGGCUUUCCACAGAUGCUGAAGAAGAGAUUGAGGGAGAAGAUGGUGUCACAAGUGAAGAAUUUGAUAAAUUUCUAGAGGAGCGGGCAAAGGUUGCAGAUCGACUUCCACCUUUGUCUUCUCCCUCAACGGAGGCCCCCCGGGCAGCAACCAGCACAGGACAGGGCAGGAAGGAAAAAGAUGAAGAUGCCCUCUUUGGGUUGUGAGUCCUCAUACCGGAGUGACAUACAUUGAGACAUCUCUAAGG